AUGGGUGUUGAUCCACACCUUAUGGAAAACUUAAGAAGAAUUGUUUCAACAUGUUCACUACGUGAGCGUCAAGUAAUUAUAGCAUUCGACGAAAUGGAAGUACGAAAGGAAUUGGAGUUCAAUAAAGCGGACGACGUUGUGGAUGGGUACCAAGAUUUUGGAGGUGGCUGCAGGAAUGGAGCUAUUGCCUCAAAAGCCUUAGUGUUCAUGGUGAAAGGGUGCUGCAGCAACUGGAAGUACAUAAUGAGCUUUUAUGCCUCAUCAAAUGCCGUACAUGCGGACCAACUAAAAAGCCUAUUGCUCGAAAACAUUGAUGCUGCUACUGAUAUUGGUCUCAUAGUGAGGGGCAUAGUUUGUGACCAAGGCUCAUCCAAUUUGAGACUGAACAGAGAGAUCUGUACGGAGAGCGACCAUUUCUUCAUCUACAAAGACGCGAAAAUUGUAUUUCUUUGGGACUUUCCUCACCUUUUUAAGUCCCUAAGAAUCAAUUUAUUUUCGAAAGGUUUCAAAGUGGAUGGAUACAGCAUUAAUAAGGAACCAAUAGUAGCGGUCUAUGAGCAUGACAAGAAAAACUUCAAUGUCAAAUUGUGCCCAAAAUUAACCGAAAGACAUGUAUAUUUGUCAAGUUGGGACAAAAUGAACGUGGCCAGGGCAAUUCAAGUUUUCAGCCGCACUGUGGCCGCAGCUAUUGACACCCUCAUAUCAAAUGGCAAACUCAAUGAAAGUGCAAAGCCCACGAGCGAGUUCCUUAAAAAAAUUAAUGACAUAUUCGACGAGCUUAAUGUGAAAAGUUUGCACACAUCGAACCCAAAUAAUAAGCCGAUUCACAAGGGAUGCAAUGCUAAAAUAGAAAGGCUCAAAAAUGCUUUGGAAUAUGUCCAAAAAAUUGAGACAACCAACAUGGUGAAAUGUGUCAAUGGGCUUGCACAAACUAUCCGCGGUAUGGUACUGCUUUCUGAAGAGGUGUUCGAUAGCUGUAAUGACGUGAAUUAUGUUUUAACGGGAAAGCUCAGCCAGGAUGCUUUGGAGAACGCGUUCUCAAGAUUUCGUGCCCAGGGAAACAACAGCCACCCAUCCGUUCAUAAAUCUAUCAUAACCCCAGAUAAUGUGGCCAAGAAGAACAGUGGUUUGGAUACACUGGAAUGUAAAAAGGAUCGAUUCAUCUAA